AUGUCGACGACCGACAUUCUUGCCGCGAUUGCUGCGUACAAGGCCGCGAACUUUACGUCGAGCGACACCACGUAUGAGCCCGACUCGCUCGACGCAACGGCGUCGCUUGUGCGUAAGGUGUUGCGCGUAGCCGAGUUGCCGGAGCACGUACUCAUCGUUGCCAAAACAGCGUUCGAGAUUCGCAGUCUGCUCUUUGACAAUUCGUGCGACCAAGCGCUUGGUGUUAUCUUGGUGCUUCAGUUUCUCAUCUGCGUGGUUCAACAAAACCACUCGGUCGUCUAG